CGUUUGUUCAACUCUUUCUGUUGCUGUAGUUUCAGGUCUGCUGUCUGUGUGUGUGUUUUCUAUUUUCCUGCCAAAGCGGAUAUUCUUCCUUCACCUUCACUCUUGGACGGACUUCUGUGGUAGAAACCAAAGAGGAGAUAAAAGAGGAGCUAAUCCGAGCCCAGACCCGAACCCGAACCCGAACCCGGACCCGGACCCAGGCUGGAGGAGGAAGAGGGCGUAGACAGUCGGAGCAGGGCCAUGGAAGUUCCUGGUAUGCAGAGUUCUCAGAUCGACCCAGAGGAGCUGUUCACCAAACUGGACCGAAUUGGAAAAGGCUCCUUUGGAGAGGUGUUCAAAGGUAUUGACAAUCGCAGCCAGAGCGUCGUUGCCAUUAAGACCAUCGACCUGGAGGAGGCGGAAGAUGAGAUCGAGGACAUCCAGCAGGAGAUCACGGUGCUCAGUCAGUGCGACAGCCCCUACAUCACCAAAUACUACGGCUCUUACCUGAAGGGCAGCAAACUCUGGAUCAUCAUGGAGUAUCUGGGCGGAGGUUCGGCGCUCGACUUGCUUCGAGCCGGUCCGUUUGAUGAGUCUCAGAUUGCCACCAUGCUGAAGGAGAUCCUGAAGGGCCUGGACUACCUGCAUUCAGAGAAGAAGAUCCACAGAGACAUCAAAGCCGCCAACGUCCUGCUGUCGGAGCACGGUCAGGUGAAGCUGGCGGACUUCGGUGUCGCAGGUCAGCUGACAGACACGCAGAUCAAGAGGGAAACCUUCGUGGGAACGCCAUUCUGGAUGGCACCAGAGGUCAUCCAACAGUCGGCCUACGACUCAAAGGCGGACAUCUGGUCUCUGGGCAUCACGGCUAUUGAACUGGCCAAAGGUGAACCUCCAAACUCGGACAUGCAUCCGAUGCGGGCCCUGUUCCACAUCCCGAAGUCUUCUCCACCUCAGCUGUACGGAGACUUCUCCAAAAGCUUCAAAGAGUUCACCGAGGCCUGCCUCAACAAGGACCCGUCCUUUCGUCCCACAGCUAAAGAGCUCCUCAAGCACAAGUUCAUCAUCAAACACUGUAAGAAGACGUCCUACCUCAGCGAGUUAAUUGACAGGUUCAGGAGAUGGAAGGAGGAGGGCCACAGCGACAGCAGUUCUGACGAAUCUGACGGUGAGUCCAGUAACAAAGAGAACAGUCAGUCGCCUGAAUGGUCCUUCACCACUGUCCGCAAGAAGAAACCAGACGGCAGGAAGGUCCUCAAUGGGACGGCUCAGGACCAGCUCAGUAAAUCUGCCAGUCUGACCACCGUCAUCUCUCCAGUCUUCACCGAGUUGAAGCAGCAGCAUAAGGAACAUUCUGAGCAGCGAUUGGCUAUUGAGGAGCUGGAGCGCAACAUCCGCCUGGCGGAGGAGCUGUGCCCGGGCAUCACAGACAGGAUGGUCACACACAUUAUCGCCAGGUACCAGAGAUUUACAACCAAAUGAAGAUGGACGUUAAAGAAGAAAGACUGUCUCCGUUUGGUGACGAUGGGAAACACAGGAGGCUUUGCUGUGCGAUGUCUCCUCUGCGCACACACACACACACACACACACACACACACACACACUUUCUCUCUCUCUUUCCACAUGUAGUAUACACACUAUAUAUAUAUAUAUAUAUAAUAUAUUUAAUCACUGCUGCUGGGUGAAGAACUUUUUCUCUCCUAAAUAAAACAAACCUCAGUCUGAGUCAGAUCAGAGGUUUUCACAUCUGGUUUUUCUUUCUCAAAGCGCUUUGUUACUUAAUGUGGUUGAAAUAAAGCAGUCGAACCAACAGUUUAGUC